AUGUCUCCGCUGAGAAUCCCCUACACCAAACCCUUCCCCCCUGCCAUCGUCUUCCCCAAAACCGCCAACAGCGUCGCCGGUGCAAUCGACGCCAUUGUCGACUUCCUCGCGGCCCCUCCCUCGCCCUUUCUGCAGGGCAUCGACGUCGGCAAAAAUGCUCAAACAGUGAUUCUCACGGGAGCCGGUAUAUCAGUCGCAUCGGGACUGUCGGAUUAUCGUGGUGAGAAUGGGACGUACGUUCGAAACAAGUCCUAUCGUCCGACUUACUAUCACGAAUUCAUUACCCGUCAUGAGGCGAGAAAGCGGUACUGGGCGCGAAGCUACGUAGGAUGGCCGGGGUUACUGAAGGCGAAGCCAAAUACAACACACAAGGCGGUUACAGACCUCGGGAAAAAGGGCUACGUGAGCAAUGUGAUUACGCAAAACGUGGACUCCUUCCAUAUGGUUGCACACCCGGAUUUGUCUACGAUUGAACUGCACGGUUUCUUACGAGGGGUUAUCUGUAUAAAUUGUCACAAUCUGGUCCCUCGAGACGAGUUUCAGCAGUCACUGACGCAGCUAAAUCCCGCCUGGGCAGAAUUCUUGCAUGAGAUGUUGGAGUCCGGUGCUUUGGAUACUAAUAACCCAGAAGAACAACGCAAGCGCGGACUCAAGAUCAACCCGGACGGCGACGUGGAUCUUCCGCAUGCGCCGUAUUCCAACUUUCGCUACCCGGCAUGUCCGCACUGCUUGGAGAAACCGCCUUCAGUGCAAGACGGCCAACCCGAGGCAGUCGUCGAGACAGAGCCAGACGGCGCAUGGUCCCCGUCGUCUACGGCUGGGAUAUUGAAGCCGGCUGUAAUCAUGUUUGGCGAGUCUACAAGUCCGUCAGUUCGCAGUGCCGCAGAGGAAGCCAUUGAUGAUGCUGGCAGACUUUUGAUCAUGGGCAGCAGUCUGGCCACCUAUUCUGCGUAUCGACUGGUAGAGCGCGCACAUAAAAGAGGCAUGGCUAUAGGUAUUAUCAAUGUUGGUGGCGUCCGUAAUGAGUCGCAGAUAUUCGGGAAUCUUCUCAGCGAGCGAUAUGUGCAGAAUCAUGUACGAUGCGAUCAUAAAAGCGAGACGGUGCUACCUGAAGUGGCGUCACGGUUGCCUGUUCUUACCACUUAUUAA